AUGACGGGACAGAAACAAAAUCCGCACCCAUAUCUGUCCGGAAAUUUUGCGCCUAUCAAACGAACCCGAACACUAACACGAUGCUCUGGUACCGGACAUAUUCCGAGAGAACUCGCGGGAGGUCAAUAUGUCCGUAACGGCGGGAACCCGACUACCAAUGUCAACCAAGGGAGAGAUUUACACUGGUUCGACGGCGACGGCAUGCUCACCGGCGUCCUCUUUAAGCGCGGAAAAGAAGGCGGUAUUAUCGAGCCAGAGUUCGUGAAUCAGUAUGUCUUGACAGAUAUCUACUUGAACGCAAAGGACGACGGCAAUUUAAAGCGGCCUCUACUACCUAGUAUUGCAACACUACUUAGCGCUCCAUUAGUAACUAUCGUUGUGGGGGUAUUCAGGUCAUUGAUUCUCAUAUGCCUAUCGAGAUUACCAGGAUCCAAAAGAGAAGUCAAGAGGAUUAGCGUUGCUAAUACUGGCGUGGUAUAUCAUGAUGGUAGAGCUUUAGCGACCUGCGAAAGUGGGCCACCGAUUAGAUUCCAUCUCCCUGGUCUGGAGACCAUAGGGUGGUAUAACGGCCGAAAGGCAGAGAACGAGGGCAUUUUAGAUGAUAAAGGAGGCUUCGGUGGGAAUGGAUUGCUGGCAUUUAUGAGAGAAUGGACAACUGGUCAUCCACAUGUUGACCCCGUUACGAAAGAGCUCAUAUCAUUCCAUGCCGUCUUCGUUAAACCGUUCGUUCAUUACUCGAUAGUCCCAUCAACCAGAUAUCCGGCUAAGGCAAGCGAUCCGGGGCCAAGAUUUGACAUACCAGUUCCUGGAGUGAAGUCGCCUAAGAUGAUGCACGACUUUGGGGUUGCGGCACACCACACGGUCAUAAUUGACCUUCCAUUAUCUCUAGAUCCUAUGAACGGCGUGCGAGGGAAGACAAUUAUCUCGUAUGACCCAACUGAGCGAUCGCGGUACGGCGUCUUUCCUCGAUAUGAGCCACAUAAAAUACAAUGGUUCGAAACGAAUCCGUGCGUAGUCUUUCACACGGCUAAUUGCUGGGAAACUGGGUUGGUAAUACCAGAAGCCGAGACGUGCGUUCACCUUCUUGUUUGCCGUCUCACUUCAGCAUCGAUUGUGUACAGUGCCGGUGCACUUACACCACCUCUGCUUAAGCCGGUACCCCCAGAAUACUUGGAAGAGGAGCAAUGUAGGCUAUACUACUAUAGUUUUCCGCUCGUCAAUACGGAAUCGGGCGAGGCGCCGAUGAUCAGAAAUCAAUGGGCCUUAUCAGCUAUUCCCUUCGAAUUCCCGACAGUAUCACCAUCUCACGCCAUGAGUUCAGCACGCUACAUAUAUGGCUGCAGCACGGGUGGCACGUCCUAUUCUGCAGCCCUCGGAAAAGGGGCCAAAAUCGCGUACCUAGCAAAGAUGGACGCAACGACGCUGAUUGACCAAGGCAUUACUCAUCCACCACAACAGAUCAAAGGUUGUGUUGAUACCCGAGGCGUUGACGAGGUAAUGCAGAGCACAGACGAAAAUGACCCGGUAAAGCUUUUCCAAAUGCCCAAAGGUUGGUUCGCACAAGAACCGCGUUUUGUACCGCGUGCAAAUCCCGCAACGGAGGAUGACGGUUGGUUGCUUACUUAUGUGUUUGACGAGUCCCAACUUGACGAUAAAGGAGAAUGCCGCGAUGAUGCUGUCAGCGAGCUUUGGAUCAUUGACGCGAUCAACAUGAGAGACAUAGUAGCAAGAAUUAGGCUACCUCAACGAGUGCCUUACGGUUUACACAGUGCUUGGUUUUCUGAAGACGAAAUUGCUGAACAAAAACCAUUCGAUGCGGUUAGGCGGGAAAGAUCUACCGCAGAGGUUGAUAUGCAAAGUCCACUAUCAAUUAUGAGGGACACAAUUGAGAAAUGGAUCGGGUGA